CACGGCCUACCCCAGGUCCUGCCCCACAACAGAAUCCAGUCGUUCGAGUAUGUUAUAGCGCAUGACAGGUGAACAGGUACCGCUGCGGGGUCCGCGGACGCCUCGUACGAGCGAGCGACUGGUCGGAUGGAGCUAGCGACGUCUACUACGUACCAAAGAUACCAUGCCCAGCCGGCUCAUAAUGUACAAAAUAUCGGACCGGAGCACUGAAAAUUCGGACCGACCCCAUCACCUACUAGUAUACUUACCAAAACUCCAUGUACAUCUGCAUCAACACCCACAAUUCCUUCCUUGAAGCUUCCUUUCAACUCCUGGGAACCCCUCAAUAACAGCAUAAUGUCGCAAAUCCCCGUUCCCGCUGGUCUUCAAGAAGACACGCUAGACCACACGAUCGAAAUUCUCGCCAAGCAAUUCGAACCAGACGCCUUCCAGCGCUAUAUCCUCUUAGAUGAAUUGCAAGGUUCUGGCAAAACAGACAUUGGGGAAGAAUUGAACAAGGAGGUUUUUGCGUUUAUUGUGCCGGAUUUUAUCAAGGCUGGGGCGAGGUGUAUGACGGUUCCUGGGAGUGGUGUGGCUAGUGUUUGGACACUAGAAGAGGUAACAGAAAACUACACCGAAGAACCACACAACCCGUCCGCCGUAACGGAAUUAAACUCCCUCGCUCACCACGUCCGGAAACGCUUUAUCCCUCCCCAGGCAACUCACACGCUCCAUCUGGUUCUUGUGGCAAACGAUCGCACCCACCCUUCUACUUCAAACCCGGCUAAAGUUAGUGAUCUCAUUCGCCCUGUCCUUGACAUGGCGAGGGAGAAGGGUUGGCCUGUGGUGUUGGAAUCUACGUCGCCAAGAAGUAGAGAUGUAUAUGCCCAUUUGGGGUUCCAGAUGUUGGAGGAGAUUGUUGUGGGGAGGGGCAAGGUUGAUGGGGAAGGGAGGGGCCAAGAGGGGGGUGAAGGUGUAAAGCUUUGGGCGAUGAUGAAGUGCUGAGACUCCCUCAGCGUACAUAUUGUUCUUGGGAACAUGCGCUGGACUGAUACUGUGCGUAUGUUGCGUACUGCUUGAAAGCUGCCCAGAUGUUCUUACAACUACGUAGGGACCGUUGUACCACGGGUUUCUCGAACGCAA